ACCCUCAUCACGUGAUAUUGUUUUUCCUCGGAUUCUUCCAAUCGGACUCGAUACUUCCACUGUACCUUGACCGAUUCGUGGUGAGAGACGCGACGCAGGUCGAGCCGAGUGCAGUAUCGACAUUGUCUCUCGUAUCAACGGUUCCAUUUAUAUACUUUUGUAGAAAUCGUGCUAAUUACGUUGAAAUCCUUCGCCAAUUUCAUAUCCCAUCCAACCGCGUUUCUGAAACAUCCCCGCGUUGUGAAACUGUAAUUCCAAAUGUCAAACCGCGCUCGUCCGAUGCCCGACAUACGAUAUGUUCAGAAGAAGCAUUCCGUAUUGUCGUGUCGGAGAACAAGCAUUGUCACGUUGGCGCUACCGGAAAUCGGUAUGAAUAUUCAAUCGCCGCCCGAGUUUCGCAUCGCACGCUCGUAACAGGCGCGGAUCCGUAUGUAUGUACGUACAUACAAACUCCGAAAUCCUCUUUUCUUUUCCUCUUUCUCUCUUCUUUUUUUUUCUCCUUCGUCUGGGCAAAGAUUAUUUGAAUGACAGAGCGGCGGGUCGAGAGGACCGCGUACGAGAGGAGUGUCCCGGAGAUAUGUCACACGAUCUGAACUCCUCGUCGUCGUCGUUCUCGGAACGACCGUUGGACGAUGAUGCGAGAGACGAGCAUCUCGCCAGGUGGGAAAUCGCGGUGCUGACCAGCAUAUUCCUCAUCACGAUCAUCGGUAACGUCCUGGUCCUGUUGGCUCUUUACGCUCGGCGACGUUAUCAGCGACGAAAAUUCACCAGGAUGUACUUUUUCAUCAUGCACUUGAGCGUGGCUGAUUUGUUGACGGGUCUGUUCGACGUUCUGCCGCAACUCGCCUGGGACAUAACGUUCAGAUUUCAGGGUGGUGCAGUGCUCUGUAAACUGAUCAAAUUCGGACAGCCAUUCGGCCUGUAUCUCAGUUCCUAUAUCCUGACGGUGACCGCGAUAGACAGAUAUCAUGCCAUUUGCCAUCCCUUCAGUUACUGUAGUGUCACAUCUCGAAGAUCGAAAAUGAUGGUGUACGGAGCGUGGACACUCGCCGCUAUGCUGUGCGUACCGCAGAUUUUUAUAUUCUCAUACAUGGAAAUAUCGCCCGGCGUUUGGGAGUGUUGGGCCACCUUCUAUCUGAAAUAUGGCGAGAGAGCCUAUAUUACUUGGUACAGUGUUAUGCAGUUCCUAUUACCCUUCAUAGUGCUCGUAUAUACUUACACGAGAAUAUGUAUAUCGAUAUGGAGAAGUAGUAAACUAUCGGGACUCAUUGAUCUUAAAAGAAGCAACAAAGUCAGUUUCUGUCAGCGAAAUCGAGAUCCCCUUAUUUCCAAAGCAAUGAUCAACACUGUAAAACAAAUGAUCGUUGUGGUUACUUUAUACAUCGUUACCAAUAUCCCAUUUAUCGGAUGCGAAUUAUGGGCAACAUGGGAUCCUAAAGCUUCCAACUCGCCAUUUUUUGCCGGGGCUGCUUUCACUAUUCUAAGUCUCCUAAAUAGUCUCACGAGUUGCGUUAAUCCUUGGAUUUACUUUGCAUUUAACAAGGAAUUACGUGCGGCGUUGACACACUUUUUCUGCAGAAAGAAAGAUUAUUCGUUGACUUACGGUAAUCAUAAUUUUUCACUUGUCUCUCCCCCCUCUCUCUCUCUCUCUCAUGUGUGUAUUUGUAUUAUACCGUCAAAUAUUUGGAUCACAAGAAAUAUAAACGUUAUAUUUAUAUGCUAUUUUCUUCCAGAUAUAGAUGCACGUCAAAAUGCGUCGGAUGUACCCUCUUCAACAUCGUCGUUUAUUUCUAGAAUCUCGCGACUUGCGAGUUCAAAGAUAUUCGGGUAAAGUGGAAAUAAAACAAAGUUUGCAUUUUGAGGAGGACUGUUUUGAAUAUAAAGAAUACACCGAGAAAAUAUAGUUGAUGCAUAUAUACAUUUCGUGGGCGUGUAAAUGUGUUUGGUGUAACAAUGUCGGAGCGUGCAACUUCUUUC